CUACUGGUUUGCCAAUGCUCAUCAUUUUUAUGCUCUUUUCGGGUGUGUCUGGGUCGGUAUCUAUGUGCAACGUCGUCGGAACGAUUGCCGACUUGUUCGGGGAUGGUGCAGGGGCUGGUCAAGCGAUGGGUCUCUUUGUCGCAGCGGCGAAUAUAGGCCCUUCCCUCGGGAGUCCAAUAGGGGCAUGGAUUGUUCAGAAUCCAAAAUUAGGUUUACCUUGGACUGGAUGGAUUAACGUCAUUAUCGGCACGGCGUUCGCCACGUUUCUCAUAUUUCUUCCUGAGUGUGUAUUUGAUUAUUUGUCCGUCUCACCGGAUCCAUAAAAUCACUGGAAUUUACAGGACUCUCCCAUGGAUUGUCAUUCAGAAGGCCUCAAAAGAGAUGGAUGGGUCUGAACUGAAGUUGCCUCGCAGGAAUGCACUGGACGAUCUGGAAG